AUGGAGCAUCAUCAUCUUUGUACUUCUUCAUCUUUCCUACUACUCUUCUUAUUCAGUUCUAUUCUUGUCACUAGCCAGUUCACAUUUGGUAGCAGCAAGCAAGCUUCUGAUCAUUCAAAUGUCACCUGUAUUGAAAGUGAACGACGUGCCCUUCUUCAACUCAAACAUGGGUUGAAAGAUGAAUCAAAUCGUCUGUCAUCUUGGAUUGGAGAAGGCUGUUGUUCAUGGGAAGGAGUUGGUUGCCACAAAACCACUGGCAGUGUUUUGAAACUUGAUCUGCGCAAUACGGUGCCACUCUAUUUUGAUGAGGAUUAUCACUGCACAAAUUGCUUGGGAGGCCAAUUAAGUCCAUCUUUGGCCAAUUUGACCAAUUUGCGAUACUUGGAUUUGAGUGUGAAUAAUUUUUCAACAUUCCAAGUUCCCACAUUCCUUGGAUUGUUGAAAAACUUGAGAUACCUCAAUCUCUCCAAUGCAAAAUUUGAUGGUGAAAUUCCUCACAAUUUGGGAAAUCUCUCGCAUUUACGGUAUUUAGAUAUUGGAUUAUCAUCAAGUGGAUCGAUGAUUAAGGAUCUCAGGUGGGUUGCUAGGCUCUCUUCUCUAGAAGUCCUAGUCCUAUCCUUGGUGAAUCUUAGUACCGCUCAAGAUGGAUUACGGGCAAUUAGCAUGCUUCCUUCACUAACAACACUAGACUUGUUUGGUUGUCAUCUUUUUAUCCAUUCUCAUCUUUCACCGGUCAAUUUCACAUCUCUUUCUUCCCUUGACCUUGGUGAAAAUAAUUUCAGCAACCACAUGAUCCCUCCUUGGCUUGGUAAUCUCACAGGCCUCCUUGAUCUUCGUCUUGGUGAUAAUAAUUUGUCUAAUCCAGUUCAUGGCUUGUUUGAGCAAAUGACCUCUCUUCUUCGCCUCGAUCUAUGGGGAAACCGGUUUGAUGUUUCAUUCUUCAAAUCACUUUGCAACCUGAGCAAUCUUACUUAUUUGGAUCUGAGUAGCAAUGACUUGCAAUUGUCAAUACCAAGUGAAAUAGGCCAGCUUUCAAGACUAGCUGCACUAUCUUUGUUCGGAUUUAACUUAUAUGGUUCCAUACCAGUCAGUCUUGGGCGGCUAACAAAGCUACAAGUAUUGGACAUUAGUUACACUUCAUUAACUGGUGAAUUAUCUGAAGACCAUCUUGGGAAACUUGGAGAGCUACAGGCAUUGUUCCUAUCUCAUAGCUUCCUCACUCUGAAUUUGAGCUCCACAUGGGUGCCUCCUUUUCAACUCCAACAACUUGAAAUGGCAUCCAUCAAAGUAGGCCCCCAGUUUCCAGGUUGGCUUCGGACGCAGAAGUUUGAAGAGUUAGACAUGAGCAAUGCGGGUAUUUCAGAUGCCAUACCCAGUUGGUUUCGAGUACUUUGUUAUGAUAUUAGCUCAUUAGAUCUCUCCAACAACAACAACCUAACUGGCAAUCCGUUGGAGUUCAAAGAAGUGAAGAAUAAUAAUUAUCGAUUUGUAUCUCUAAGCUCCAACAAAUUGGAGGGAUCUCUCAAAUCAUUUCCAUCGGAUAUUUCAAGUUUAGAUCUCUCACAAAAUUUUCUUACUGGAGAGAUUCCACCGCCUUACGUUGGUGAAAUGGGUGCAUCUACUUAUUUUCUCAAACUCAGUGGUAAUCGUUUCACAGGAAGUAUCCCAGAAGACUUGUGCAAGUUGAAAAGUUUAUCAGAAUUGGAUCUAUCCAACAAUCUUCUCUCCGGAAAAGUUCCUCUGUGCUUCGGCAGCUUGCGAUUCUUGUGGGUCCUAAACUUGGCAAAUAACAAUCUGUGCGGUCAAAUUCCAAGUUCACUGGGUAACUUGGGGGCACUUGAGAUUCUGCAUUUGAAUGGAAACAAAUUCAUUGGAAGGCUCCCGUCCUCAAUGCAGCAUCUGAGCAAUUUGGUGAUUUUUGAUCUUGGUGACAAUGGGCUAAGGGAUACCAUACCAGCUUGGAUUGGGGAAAUGUCAUCAAAUUUAAUGUUUCUAAGAUUUCAGUCAAAUAACUUCUAUGGAGGUAUUUCUGACAAGCUCUGCCUACUCUCAAAUCUUCAAGUGCUGAACCUGGCACAUAAUAACUUAACAGGAUAUAUUCCUCAUUGUUUUAACAACUUCUCAAUGAUGGUAUCAAGUGAACAUGGAAGCAUUCUCACGAUAACUUACGAUACCACCAACCUUCAAAACUAUAAGGGAGGAAAUGAACUUGAGUACUCCUUUGGGAACCUUGUGCUCAUUAAAUCCAUAAGCCUCUCAACAAAUAAUUUAGUGGGUGAGAUCCCUGAUGGGAUAAUGGAUCUGGCUGGUAUACAAACUUUGAACCUUUCUCACAACCAUUUGACUGGAAGGAUCUCUGAGAAGAUUGGCAACUUAAAGCGACUUGAAACGCUAGAUCUAUCAAUGAAUGAAUUCUUCGGUGCAAUACCUAACAACUUAUCAACAAUAAACUCAUUGAGCUUCCUAAAUUUGUCACACAAUAGCCUUUCAGGGGAAAUACCAUCAGGAAAUCAACUUCAGACCUUAACCGAUCCAUCCAUCUAUGAAGGAAAUAAUGGACUUUGUGGCAAGCCACUCCCAAAGAGCUGCCCCGAGAACAAGUCACCAGCCAAAAAUGAUCCUAUCCUAGAUGACAAAGAUCAUGGUGAGUUUGAUUGGUCAUGGUUUUAUGCUGGUCUAGGACCUGGUUUUGCUCUCGGCCUCGUGGGAUUCUUGGCAAUCCUUCUCUUCAAGAGGUCUUGGCGCUAUGCAUACUUCGAGUUUCUGGAAAGUGCAAGUGACAGAAUUGCCGCAAUGAUAGCAUUGAAGACUACUCGGCGUGCGAGGAACUUCCGUUGA